AUGAUUCUCGCUUCACGAGUUCGGGCCACGACGGAUCCCCCAGAUGUGCUAGCCCUUGAAGAUCAAUAUAGGGCUCUGAACAACCCACCUCAACUGAAGCGGUGGAGAUUGGAUGGAGGAGAUCCAUGUGGAGAAUCAUGGAUGGGCGUCUCGUGUUCUGGAUCUUCUGUUAUCCGCCUGUAAGCUUCAGGGUCUGAACUUGAGUGGAU